AUGGGGCUGAGGGACUGGCUGAGGAUGGUGUGCUGCUGUUGCCGGUGUAAGUGCCUGGAGGAGCCCGCUCUGUCCGAGAAGGAGCCUCUGGUCAGUGGUAACAAUCCAUAUUCCUCAUUUGGAGCAACUCUGGCAAGAGAUGAUGACAAGAAUUUGUGGAGUAUGCCUCACGAUGUGUCCCACACAGAGGCCGAUGAUGACAGAGUCCUGUACAACCUGAUAGUCGUUCGUAAUCAGCAGGCCAGAGAUUCCGAGGAAUGGCAAAAACUCAACUAUGAUAUCUAUGCCCUGAGGCAGAUUCGAAGGGAAGUGAGAAACAGAUGGAAAUGCAUUUUAGAAGCUUUAGGUUUUCAAAAGGAAGCAGACUCUUUGUUGUCAGUUACUAAACUGAGCACCAUCAGUGAUUCUAAAAACACAAGGCAAGCCCGAGAAAUGCUGUUAAAACUGGCUGAAGAGACGAAUAUUUUCCCAACAAGUUGGGAGCUGUCAGAAAGAUACCUCUUUGUUGUGGACCGUCUUAUUGCUCUUGAUGCUGCAGAAGAGUUCUUUAAACUUGCCAGUCAGACUUACCCUAAGAAGCAUGGACGCCCGUGCCUGGCAGAUGGGCAGAAAGAACUGCACUACCUUCCGUUUCCAAGUCCUUAA